AUGGCUCCUCGUGGAAAAUUGAAUCUUUCAGUAGCAGCAAUCGUGAUUCGGGACAAUCCCUUUCUGGAGGAUAUCGUCUUUGGUGAUUCGAACAAUGUGAGGGCCAUCGCCAUACCGACACUAAUGGUGCGAGGAAAUCGGAAACUUUCAAAUGAGACCAUCAACAAACUGAAUGCUUUGAAAGCUGGUGCACGAGCUUCGAAACGGAACUCCAUUCAAGCAUUCGGAGAGUGCUCCGUUCCUAAACCUCUGAAGAAUCUGAGCGAUUUGAUUGGAUGCGAAUGGCUUCAUGGCGACAUUAAAAUUGAAAGAAAUCAACGAGAUUUGCUUCCACCUCGUGAGCCUCUGAAACAAUUCACGCUAACCGGAUGUGUGAUCGUGAAGCACACAGUAGUAGAAAACAUCGACUUUCUGCGAAACCUCCGAGAGCAACGCUUCCCGGCGUGGCUAUGCCAAAACGGUGUGACGAUGAGGGCUGGAGCCGCGACUGGAGACGAGGCGAAGGCUAACGACGACGACAAGGCAAAGAAUACGACCAUGUGGCAUCUUCUCCUUCUUGCCGGAGACGGAACACCUUUCGGCGAAACAAAAAUCGUCUGCAGCGGGGGUGUCGUCACGUUGGACUACAUCGUCACUACGAUAGCUGGUCAUCACUGUGCAAUUAUAAGAGGAGAUCUCAUCAUCAAAAACUGGACAGGGGACUCGAGUGUUCUGCAAGAUCUGAAGUCAGUUCGAAAAAUUCUCGGUGAAUUACGUCUGGAGGGAAACUUGCGACUAAAGAAAGUGGAUUUUCUCACCGGACUUGAAGAAGUCGAAGUUGGACCAAAUGCAAAGAGCGGUGGUGUUAUAAUCAGAGACAAUCCAAUAUUGGAAGAGGUGCAGUUGGUUUCGUUAAAGAAGGUCAUCUCCUAUGAAAUCAUAGCCGUAAUCAUUGAAAACAAUCCAAGGCUAGCUGUGGACCUGGAUGAGUGGUAUGAGAUAGCAGGGGGAGAAAAUCGGACCAAAUUGCUGUUGACAUACUCGGAAGAUCGUGAUGGAGAAGGUAUCGUACCGCUAUUGGUCAAGAUCACAGCAGCAAUUGUAUUCGUACUUGUGCUGGUCCUAACAGUAUAUUGGUUCGGAUGGGGAACACGAUGGCGCAAAUUCUCCGGUCUCGUCCCAGACAAUGCAAAAACACCCGUCGUAACAAGACAUUAA